CACAGAUCUACUUUUUUCACUUGAGCUGAAGAAUCUACGCUGCACUCUUCAACCAAAACAUGGAAGAACAUCAUUUCAACACCAACAUGACCAGAAACUUUGGAUCCAACCUCAUGAAUGAUGCUGAGCUGAGGAUCGUGAUGGUGGGGAGGACUGGAGUAGGGAAGAGUGCUACUGGAAACACCAUUCUGGGAUGGGACCGCUUUCAGUCCAAGUGCAGUCCGCGGUCUUUGACUGUGGAUUGUUCUAAAGAUAAAACUGUGGUGGAUGGACAACCAGUUGCUGUCACUGACACCCCGGGCCUGUUUGACACCAGGUUUGGUCAGGAGAAGACAACCAAAGAUUUGAGCCAGUGUAUCACCUAUGCUGCUCCUGGACCCCAUAUCUUCCUGGUGGUCAUUGCUCUGGGCAGGUUCACUGACGAGGAACAGCAGACGGUGCAGAAGAUUCAAGAUAUCUUUGGCCAGGCUGCUGACAAAUACAGCAUGGUCCUCUUCACUCAUGGAGACGUCCUUAAAGACACCACUAUUGAAGAAUUCCUAUCUGAGAGUCCAGAGUUACAGGAGCUUGUAGCCAGAUGUAACGGCCAGUACCAUGUCUUCAAUAACGACCUGAAAGAUAAGAAACCUCAAGUUACUCUACUGCUCCAGAAGAUCAGAAAUAUUGUGCAGAAGAACGGAGGAAGCCAUUACACCAACGAGAUGUUCCAGGAGGCCGAGAGGGCAAUUGAAGAGAAAAAACAAAGCAUAUUGAGAGAGAAGGAAGAGAAAAUCCGUAGAGAGAAAGAAGAACUGGAGAGAAAACUGCAAGAAAAGUAUGAAAAAGAGAUGGAGAAAAUCAACAUGCAACUCCAGGCUGAGAGAGAGAGGGAAAAGAAGGAGAGAGAGGAGGAGAGGAAGAGGAUGAAGGAGGAGAUGGAUGAGAUGAAAAAGAGAGAGAUGGAGUGGAGAGAUGCAGAAAGAGAGAAAGAGAGAUGGGAUAGACAAAAGGAGUUGUCAGUUAUGAAGGAUAAAUUAAAAGAGCAGCAGGAACAGGAAGUCAGAGAGCAAAAGGAGAAACUGCAGUCCAAAUAUGAGACUGAGGCCAGAACACGAGCGGAGAAGGGAAAUCCUGUCUAUCACCUAAUACAAGCUGGGAAGCAUGUUUUUGGUUUCAUUAAAAUCGUGUGGCGACGGUGGCUUAGUGGUUAGCACUGUUGACUCACAGCAAGAAGGUUCCCGGUUCGACUCCCAGUUGAGUUCUCCCCGUCCUUGCGUGGGUUUCCUCCUGGUACUCUGGUUUCCUCCCACAGCCCAAAAACAUGAAUGCUAGGUUAAUCUGUGACUCUAAAUUGCCCGUAGGUGUGAGUGUGAGUGUGUUUGGUUGUUUGUCUGAAUAUGUGGCCCUGCGAUGGACUGGCGACCUGUCCAGGGUGUAACCCCCGCUUCUCGCCUGAAAAUAGCUGGGAUAGGCUCCAGCAGACCCCUCUGACCCUUCAAAAGGAUAAAGCAUAGAUGAUGGAUGGAUAAAAUUUGCUGCCGUUGCGCGGAUAGUGCAGCCAUCUCACAGCAACAAGUUCCUGGGUUCAAUUCCUGCCUUGACUUCAGCGGUCACACCCUGGUUGGGGUUGGUGAAAGGGCCUUCCUGUGUGGAGUUUGCAUGUUCUCCCUGUGUUCCUGUUCCUGUGCUAAUGUUAGCUUCCCUCACAAAAACAUGCACACAGUCCUGGGCUAUACAUUCCCCCUCUGGCCAGCUAGAUGGGGUGGGGAGGAUCUGGCCAGAUAAUCAAGAAUAACUUGAUCCUUCCAUGAGCUACGUCCAGCCAGAGAAGUCCCAACCUGUCUGGUGAAAAGAAGAUGCUCACUCCUCAGGAUAAGAAGGAGACCUGAGCUCAGUGAUUGGUAAAGGGAGCAAUGCCCAGGAGUGAGGAGCAAAAUGGGGGAAAAAAAUUGGGAUUAAAAAAGAAAGAAAAAAACAGCCUAUAAAAUAGUUGAAAAUAGCAUCUGCUGGUGAAACAUGGUGAACCAGUGGUUACUGCUUAAAACAGGAAGCGCGUUCAAAGUUGGCUACAGGAAUUUAAAAGUUUAAAACACCUGCUCAGAAACAAUAUAAAAUGUAGUUAAACUUCACCUACAGAUAUAUAAAGACACCUCCUUUUUUCCCUCUCUAGUCCCCCCAUACUAUUGUAUCUGUAGGAUUUCUUUCUUUCUUUCUUUCUUUCUUUCUUUCUUUCUUUCUUCCGAUGAAAUGAGGGCCUUUUUGCCCCCCUAAACGUGCCCCAAAAGUCACCAAAUUUUAAUGGUGUGCAUUAAUGGGCGUGGUCUAACGGCUCAACAGCGCCCCCUAGAAAACUUUGUGCCUCAAGCCUGAAAACAUCUACAUGGAAGUCAUACAAGCACUUCCACUGCAGCAUGCCUGAACGUGCACAAGGGUGCGUGUUCAUCGCUGCUUGCAGCUUUAAUUAUCCUUUAUAAUUAUAGCAACAGAAAUACAGCUACAGUAGAUGCUUUGUGACAAUAAAGUCACUACUAGUUUCAUAGUCUUUCCAUUGUACUAAUAAUUGCUGUGGUUAUUUGCUAAUUAUUCAUAUUUUUAGACCACAUUUUCUGUAAUAAAAUACUUUGGUUGCUCAGGUUUUCUGGUUCAUAACUAUGUUCAUGACUAGAACAAUGUUUUCACAUGCUUUUGAUGUCAUGUUUCAUGUUAUGUUUCAUGUUAUGUUUUGUGAUCAUGACUAAUCUUUUCAUGAUUAACAAUUGAAA